CAGAAUGCUGGAGCUGGAACAGACCUUAAAAAGGGACCCUGCAACUUCCUUGGUGUCCAAAUGAGGAAACUGAGACCUUCAGAACGAAGUGACCUUCCCUAGGCAACAUUAGAACUCAUAUGGCUUAAUUCCAAUAUGAAAUUCUACCAUUGACUAGCCUCUGGCUAGUUUUCAAAGGCUUGUAUAACUAUUCGUUGUUUCAGAGAACUUAUUGUCACUGCAUACUCCUGGGAGGAUCUUUCUGAGCAACACGGAUGGAACUGGAGGCCAUUAUCUAAAGGGAAACAAGUUAGAUACAGAAAGACAAAUAACAUUAUCUUAAAUGAAACAACUGAGACACAGAAAGGCAAAUACCAUUGUGAUAAGUGGAAUACCUCAGACACAGAAAGAGAUCACAUAUUCUCACCGGAAUAAAGAUGGCUGCUGAAAUAGUGGACAACAACUGCAUCGACUUCAUCGACUUUGUGGCGAUGAAAUUUAUUGACGAUACACUUUACUUUAUAGCUGAAAAUGAUGAAAACCUGGAAUCAGACUACUUCGGCAAACUUGAACCUAAAUUCUCAAUCUUAAGAAAUUUGAAUGACCAAGUUCUCUUCAUUGACCAGGGAAAUAAGCCUGUAUUCGAGGAUAUGACUGAUUCUGAUUGUGAAGCUAAUGCAUCCCAGACCAAAUUACUCAUAAAUCUAUAUAAAGAUAGCUUUGCUAGAGGUAUGGCUGUAACCAUCUCUGUGAAGUGUGAGAAAAUUGCAACUCUCUCCUGUGAGAACAAAAUUAUUUCCUUUAAGGAUAUCAGUCCUCCUGAUAGUAUCAAGGAGGCAGAAAGUGACAUCAUAUUCUUUCAGACGAGUCUUCCAGGACAUGAUACUAAGAUGAGAUUUGAGUCUUCAUUAUACAAAGGGUACUUUCUAGCCUGUAAAAAAGACAGUGACCUUUUCAAACUCAUUUUGAAAAAAAAGGAUGAACCUGGGGAUAAAUCUACAAUAUUCACUAUUCAGGAUAAAGACUAAAUAUUAACAUUUUACAAUGUGAAAUUUCUGAGAUUUUGUGUUUCUGAACAGUUGUAAGAGUUGAUGAACCUGUACUUGUAGUGGUGAGAUAAAAAUAAUAAUGGCCUCAAAAAACACCAUUGAUAAAUGAAUAACCUUUCACAAAAUUAAAUUGACUCUCCCUUCUCUAAGUGAAUAAAAUAUUUUUAUAAAGUUGUAAAAAAUGCAUAGUAUGAAAACACAUUCUACAUUGUUCUUUGGCACAUAGAGUAUACGCAAUAGAAUUGUUUUCGAUCUUUUGGGUCAUUGGUCCUAAAGACAAAAUCAAUUGAUAUUUACAUUUUCUAAUUCAAGAUUUUUAUAAGAGAUUACUUCACUUGCUAAAUUACUAACUUUUUUCUAAAGUCAGUAUAUCUUUAAAAUUUAGGUGAUCAUGAAUCCAGCAACAUAUGGAUUAUUUACUCUGUCCAAGUGGCAUUUCAUCCCAGGAAUGCAAAGAUGUCUUAACACCCUAAAAUCAAUUAACAUAAUAUGCCAUGUUAACAAAAUGAAUAAAAACUACAGUCUCACUUCAACAAAUGCAGAAAAAGCAUUUAAUGAAAUCCAAUUCAUAAUAAAAAUUCCUAAUAAACUUGAAAGAGAAAACAACCUUCUCAACAUGAUAAAAGCAUCUAUGAAAAACCUACAGCUAGCAUCAUAGUUAAUGGUGAAAAUUUUAAGGAAACUCAUUUCCCAUAAGAACAGGAAUAAUGCAAGUAUGCCAACUCUUGUAACUUCUAUUCAAAAUCAUACUGGAGGUUCUAGCCAGUGCAAACAGACAAGAAAGGGAAAUCAAAGACAUCCAGAUUAGAAAGGAAGUCUUUAUUUGCAGACAACGUAGUUCUUCAAUGUAGGAAAUUCUAAGGAACACACACACCCCUGUUAGAACAAAUACCCACAUAACAAGUUCAGUAAGGACACAGAUUACAAAAUCCAUAUAAAAAAAUACACUGAAAGCCAGGUGCAGUGGCAGUGGCAUGUGCCUAUAGUUCCAGCUACUUGGGAGGCUGAGGCAAGAGGAUCACUUGAGGCCAGAAGUUAGAGACUGUAGUGCAGUGGUUCUCAACCUUCAUAAUGCCACAGCCCUUUAAUACAGUUCGACCCACAGGUUGAGAACCACUGCUGUAGUGUACGAUGAUCAUGCCUAUGAAUAGCUGCUACCUUCCAGUUUGGGCAACAUAUCAAGACUCUAUCUCAAAAAAAAGUACAUUGUAUUUCUAUUAUAUGAGCAAUGAACAAUCGGAAAAUAAAAUUAAUAAAACAAUUCCAUUUACAAUAGUAUUUAAAACAAAUACAACACAAAUAAAUUUAGAAGUGUUAAGACUUGUGCGCUGAAAAUUUCUUUUUUUUUUUUUUUUUGUAGAGACAGAUUUUCACAUUAUCGCCCUCAGUAGAGUGCCAUGGUGUCACACAGCUCACAGCAACCUCCAACUCCUGGGCUUAAGCAAUUCUUCGGCCUCAGCCUCCCGAGUAGCUGGGACUACAGGCGCCUGCCACAAUGCCCGGCUAUUUUUUUUUGUUGCAGUUUGGCCGGGGCUGGGUUUGAACCCGCCACCCUCAGUAUAUGGGACCGGCGCCCUGCUCACUGAGCCACAGGUGCCACCCAGUAUGCGCUGAAAAUUUCAAAGCAUUGUUGAGGGAAAUUAAAGAUGAUCUAAAUAAUUGGAGAGAUAGUCAUGUUCAUAGGUGGAAAAACUCAUUCAAUGUUGUUAAGGUGACAGAUAUCCCCAAAUUGAUCUAUAAAUUAAACUCAAUCUCCAUCAAAAUUCUAGCAGGCUUUUUACAGAGAUUAACAAGCUGUACCCGAAAUGUAUAUGAAAAUGUGAAACACCCAGAAUGGCCAAAAAAUUUUUAAAGAACCAGGAGAAUUUUUAUUUUCUAGUUUUAAAACUUAUUAUAAAACAAAGUUAUCAGCCCCAUUUAGUACUAAUAUAGAGAUAAAUGCAUAUAGAUCAAAGAGACAGAUUUGAGAGUCCAGAAAUAAGCCCAUAUAUUUAUGGUCAAUCGAUUUUUGACAAAGGUGCCAAGAGAAUUCAAUAGAGAAAGAAGAAUCUUUCUGACAAAUGGUGCUAAGAUAAUUGGAUAUCCACAAGCAAAAAAAAAAGAUGAACUUAGACCCA